GGGCUUUGUGUCGGUGGUGGCGGCGGCGGGAGCGGGCGGCGGCGAUAGCUAGCUACUGCCAGGACCGCGGCGGAGGCCUAAGGGAACUGUCCACUGGUCGCCGCGGAGAGGCGUGCGAAGGCCGAUUCGAGUCCCGAGGACCCUGCUGCCCCGACCCGGCCGCCAGGCACAGGCUCCUCUCUGAUAGCAGCGGCUGCGCGGCGACCCCCCCAUCCCUCCACCUUCCCUGCCUACCCCACCUCCCGCAGCCUUCCUCCUCUCCUUUCCUCGCCCGGCCCGGCCCGGCCGUGGCCGUCUUCCGUGCCCGCCGCCAUGGCAGAGGCAUCCGGUGCCGGGGAAAUCUAGCCCGGGGAUUUCAUGCGGCCUAGUUUGGUUCCGUCUCCUUCCCCCGCGGCCCCGGCGGCUGCCCGCACCCGAGCCCCACUCCGGGCCUCCGUGUCUCUCCUGUGAUCGUACUGACACGGCCGGGGGGUUAGAAUGGAACAAACUGAAGCAGCAGCAGAAUGGGAAGGAAGGAGGAGCUGGCAUGAACUUCGGCCCAACCUUGUCUCAGCCUACAGAGGGCAAUUAACAGCAGCUGGUAUCCAGAAUUGAUGCCCGAUGAGAGAAAGGGAAAGUUAAGGAUGCUGGAGCAGAACAAUGGAUUUCUCUUUCUCUUUCAUGCAAGGGAUCAUGGGAAACACAAUUCAGCAACCACCUCAACUCAUUGACUCAGCCAACAUUCGUCAGGAGGAUGCCUUUGAUAACAACAGUGACAUUGUUGAAGAUGGUGGCCAUAUACCAUAUGAAGCUACCUUGCAGCAAGGCUUUCAGUACCCACCUACAACGGAAGAUCUUCCUCCGCUCACAAAUGGCUAUCCAUCAUCAAUCAGCAUGUAUGAAACUCAAACCAAAUACCAGUCAUAUAAUCAGUAUCCCAAUGGGUCUGCCAAUGGCUUUGGUGCAGUUAGAAACUUUAGCCCCACUGACUAUUACCAUUCAGAAAUUCCAAACACAAGACCACAUGAAAUUCUGGAAAAACCGUCUCCUCCACAGCUACCACCUCCUCCUUCGGUACCACAAACUGUGAUUCCAAAGAAGACUGGCUCACCUGAAAUUAAACUAAAAAUAACCAAAACUAUCCAGAAUGGCAGGGAAUUGUUUGAGUCUUCCCUUUGUGGAGACCUUUUAAAUGAAGUACAGGCAAGUGAAUACACAAAGUCAAAGCAUGAAAGCAGAAAAGAAAAGAGGAAAAAAAGCAACAAGCAUGACUCAUCUAGAUCUGAAGAGCGCAAGUCACACAAAAUCCCCAAAUUAGAACCAGAGGAACAAAGUAUACCAAAUGAGAGGGUUGAUCCUGUUUCAGAAAAACCAAGAGAAGAUCUAGUACUGAAAGAGGAAACCCCGGUUCAGCCAAUAUUAUCUUCUGUUCCAACAAUGGAAGUGUCUGCUGGUGUUAAGUUCCAUGUUGGCGAUCUUGUUUGGUCUAAGGUGGGAACCUAUCCUUGGUGGCCUUGUAUGGUUUCAAGCGAUCCCCAACUCGAGGUUCAUACCAAAAUUAACACAAGAGGUGCCCGAGAAUAUCACGUCCAGUUUUUCAGCAACCAGCCAGAGAGAGCAUGGGUUCAUGAAAAGCGGGUCCGAGAGUAUAAAGGUCAUAAACAGUAUGAAGAAUUACUCGCUGAGGCAACCAAACAAGCCAGUAAUCACUCUGAGAAACAAAAGAUUCGGAAACCCCGACCACAGAGAGAACGUGCUCAGUGGGAUAUUGGCAUUGCCCAUGCAGAGAAAGCAUUGAAAAUGACCCGAGAGGAAAGAAUAGAACAGUAUACUUUUAUCUAUAUUGAUAAACAGCCUGAGGAGGCUUUAUCCCAAGCAAAAAAGAAUGUCACCAUCAAAGCCGAAGUUAAAAAAACCCGGAGACCAAGAUCAGUGCUGAAUACUCAGCCGGAACAGACCAAUGCAGGUGAGGUGGCCUCCUCACUAUCAAGUACUGAAAUUCGGAGACAUAGCCAGAGGCGGCAUACAAGUGUGGAAGAGGACGAACCACCCCCUGUUAAAAUUGCCUGGAAAACAGCAGCAGCAAGGAAAUCCUUACCAGCUUCCAUUACAAUGCACAAAGGGAGCCUGGAUUUGCAGAAGUGUAACAUGUCUCCAGUUGUGAAAAUUGAACAAGUGUUUGCUCUUCAGAAUGCUACAGGAGAUGGGAAAUUUAUCGAUCAAUUUGUUUAUUCAACGAAGGGAAUUGGUAACAAAACGGAGAUAAGUGUCAGGGGACAAGACAGACUUAUAAUUUCUACACCAAACCAGAGAAAUGAAAAGGCAACUCAGAAUAUAUCUGAAGCAACAUCUGGUUCUACAGGCUCAGUAGAAAAAAAGCAACAGAGAAGAUCAAUUAGAACUCGUUCUGAAUCAGAGAAAUCCACUGAGGUUGUGCCAAAGAAGAAGAUCAAAAAGGAGCAGGUUGAAACAGUUCCUCAGGCUACAGUGAAGACCGGAUUACAGAAAGGUGCCAGCGAGAUUUCAGAUUCCUGUAAACCUCUAAAGAAAAGGAGUCGCGCCUCAACUGAUGUAGAAAUGACUAGUUCAGCAUACAGAGACACAUCUGACUCCGAUUCUAGAGGCCUGAGUGACCUACAGGUAGGCUUUGGAAAGCAAGUAGAUAGCCCUUCAGCUACUGCAGAUGCAGACGUUUCUGAUGUUCAGUCUGUGGAUUCAAGUUUGUCAAGAAGAGGCUUUGGAAUGAAUAAGAAGGACACUGUGUGUCAGAUUUGUGAAAGCUCUGGUGAUGCUCUGAUUCCUUGUGAGGGAGAGUGCUGCAAACACUUUCACCUGGAGUGCCUGGGAUUGACAUCACUCCCUGAUGGAAAGUUCAUCUGCAUGGAAUGUAAAACCGGACAGCAUCCAUGUUUUUCAUGUAAGGUGUCUGGUACAGAUGUGAAGCGUUGCUCUGUCGGUGCUUGUGGGAAAUUUUAUCAUGAAGCCUGUGUCCGCAAAUUCCCCACUGCCAUUUUUGAAUCAAAAGGAUUCCGCUGUCCCCAGCACUGCUGCUCUGCCUGCUCUAUGGAGAAAGAUAUCCACAAAGCAAGUAAAGGUCGUAUGAUGAGAUGUUUGAGAUGUCCAGUAGCCUAUCACUCUGGAGACGCUUGCAUUGCUGCCGGAAGCAUAUUUGUGUCCUCCUACAUUCUCAUCUGUAGUAAUCAUUCCAAACGGAGCAGUAAUUCGUCCUCUGCUGUAAAUGUAGGCUUUUGUUUCGUUUGUGCAAGAGGGCUGAUAGUUCAGGACCAUUCAGACCCCAUGUUCAGUUCAUAUGCCUAUAAGUCCCACUACCUACUGAAUGAAUCAAAUCGUGCAGAGUUGAUGAAAUUACCUAUGAUUCCUUCUUCGUCAGCUUCCAAAAAGAAAUGUGAGAAAGUUAUUAAGACUGUUUAUUUGUUUCAAGGUGGAAGAUUGCUCUGCUGUGAAUCGUGCCCUGCUUCCUUCCACCCCGAAUGCCUGAGCAUAGAAAUGCCAGAAGGCUGCUGGAAUUGUAAUGACUGUAAAGCUGGCAAGAAACUACAUUACAAGCAGAUUGUUUGGGUCAAAUUGGGAAAUUACAGAUGGUGGCCUGCAGAGAUCUGCAAUCCCAGGUCUGUGCCACUGAACAUCCAGGGCCUUAAGCACGACGUGGGGGACUUCCCUGUGUUCUUCUUUGGUUCUCAUGACUACUAUUGGGUGCACCAGGGCAGAGUGUUCCCUUAUGUUGAAGGAGACAAAAACUUUGCUGAGGGACAGACUAGUAUUAACAAGACCUUCAAAAAAGCACUGGAAGAAGCUGCAAAACGUUUCCAGGAAUUGAAAGCACAAAGAGAAAGUAAAGAAGCAAUAGAGCUUGAAAAAAAUUCAAGAAAACCUCCUCCUUACAAACACAUCAAAGCUAACAAAGUAAUAGGAAAGGUACAGAUCCAGGUUGCAGACCUGUCCGAGAUUCCCCGCUGUAACUGCAAGCCAGCUGAUGAAAACCCUUGCGGCUUGGAAUCAGCGUGUCUCAACAGAAUGUUGCAGUAUGAGUGUCACCCGCAGGUGUGCCCAGCUGGAGACCGUUGCCAGAACCAGUGCUUCACAAAGAGGCUCUACCCUGAUGCAGAAAUCAUCAAAACCGAACGAAGAGGCUGGGGCCUCAGGACCAAAAGGAGUAUUAAGAAGGGUGAAUUUGUAAAUGAAUAUGUUGGCGAAUUAAUUGAUGAAGAAGAAUGCAGAUUGCGAAUCAAGCGAGCCCACGAGAACAGUGUAACUAAUUUUUAUAUGUUAACUGUUACCAAGGACCGUAUAAUUGAUGCUGGCCCUAAAGGAAAUUAUUCUCGCUUCAUGAACCACAGUUGUAAUCCGAACUGUGAAACACAGAAGUGGACAGUGAAUGGAGAUGUUCGAGUUGGACUGUUUGCUCUUUGUGAUAUUCCUGCAGGGAAGGAGUUAACUUUUAAUUAUAACCUGGAUUGUUUGGGCAACGGCAGAACAGAGUGCCACUGUGGGGCAGAUAACUGCAGUGGUUUUCUUGGAGUGCGGCCAAAGUCGGCAUGUAUGUCAGCAACUGAAGAAAAGGCAAAAAAUGCUAAGUUAAAGCAGAAGAGACGAAAAAUCAAAACUGAACCAAAGCAGAUGCAUGAAGAUUACUGUUUUCAGUGUGGAGAUGAUGGAGAGCUGGUCAUGUGUGACAAAAAAGACUGUCCCAAAGCAUACCACCUCCUAUGCCUUAACCUGACUCAGCCCCCGUAUGGAAAGUGGGAGUGCCCACGGCAUCGGUGCGAUGAGUGCAGCAAUGCGGCUGUCUCCUUCUGUGAGUUCUGUCCACAUUCCUUUUGUAAAGAUCAUGACAAGGGGGCCCUGGUCCCCUCUGCGCUGGAAGGCCGUCUCUGCUGCGCGGAACAUGACCCCCUGUCUCCUGUGUCAUCACAAUACUGGAGCAAGAUCAAAUGUAAAUUGGAGUCACAAGAUCGUGGAGAAGAAGUAAAAGAAUAAAUGGGUGGUGAUUUCCUUUUUAUUUAAAUGAAGAAAAAGGAAAAGCAAAAAGUAAAUAAAGAAUGCAUUAGUAGGAGAGACUGCUGCAGUGCAUACAGCUUGUGCCGUCAGAACUGCCUUAUUACAGUGAAAAAGGGGAACCCCUACCCGCAGGCAGCAGUAGGGGACGGUAGCUGGGUUUUCUGUUUUGUUCUGUGGGUUCGGGGAUUCUUUUGUGAAGGGUUCAAUUCCCUUGGUCUUUUCUUGCCUUUUAUUGUGCUUCAAUGCCUUUGCAGCUGGAAAAAGAGAUGUGUUCACUUUUAAAAUACGAACAAACAGAAGGAAAGUUUUGUUAAUGAGAUAAAUUUAAAAUCUAGGAUGUCUUCCUUGAGUGUAAAAAGCAAAAGUAGCCAUCAUUCCUUUAUUUAUUUUCAUUUUUUUAAAUUUUGAGAAGUGUAGUUCAGGUAGUCUAAUCAGUGUAUGUGUAUGUGUGUUUUAAGUAGGAAUUGGAGAAAGCCCUCUAGAAAAGGGUCUGACGAUCUUUACAUACCUCUUUACUGAGCAGUAGGUAGGCUAACUUCUCUUUCCCUUCACAAUGUCUUUCAUAGUCUUAGAGAAGGUUCUGUGGGAGGAUCGAACUUGGCCUCUUGACAGCAAAAUGCCUCAGUGGGUUUUACCUCUGUGGUUUUAAACCAGCUGGGCUUUGUGAGAUGAUAACUUUACCUAGAAAAGUAUAUAAUGUGGUUUUGGGGUUUUUGUUUUGAAGAAAAGUUUUCCAUUGCCAGUGGGUAUUUUUGAUGAAGUGCGUUUAUGUGGACGUGAAUGCAGUUAGAAUGGUCAUUCCUGUUAUCUUGACACACUGAUAAAGGCAGCUAAAGGGAGAUGAAAGGCACAAACCAAAAGUUGGCUCGUGUAAGCACCAUUUUCUGUCCAAUUUAAUGUAGACCUUGGUCUGACUUGAAGAGAAUUAUGGGCAUUUUACUUUCUGUCUCUGCUUCCCUCUCCUAAUCAAACAUUCCCUUUGUCAGCUGACCACUCAGUCAUGUUUCCUGGUGAAAACUACUCAAAUUAAUUUUAGUUUGUGUUUGAAUAGCUCUUUUUGGUUUGGUUCCUAAUUUGGAGGGCAUCCCAAAAUUAUGUAAACAAUUUCUAUUAAAUAUUAUCCAGUACUUAAAAUUGCCCCCAUUGAGGAAGGGUAAGCACUUCUACAGGAUAUGUAAGAGCCACACAAACACACUUCGUCUUAGGAAGUACUUAGGGAAAGCUCCCGAGAAAGCAGUGUUGGUGGAAAUGGUGGGCUGCGAUGCUUGGAUCUCAGAUGCAAGUGUACUAAGGUGUCUGCCCACAAAACUCACUUGCUUUUAAUGCUUAGGAAUAUGUAUAUUCCAGUAUUCCUUGUAUGAAAUAAUUAGUAAUGUCAGACAUUGUUGUAACACUGUACUAAGUAGAACUCUAGAAUUAGCUUGAAUGAACGUUAACUUUCUUGUGAAUUUUGACUGCUUAACAAUUACUGGUACCUGGUAGCAUUUAUUUUCCCUCAAGAAGUACCUAGUAACCUUACGAAGGUAGGGAGUACAGAUGCUCCACCACAUUCCUUCAGUAGUGUUAUGUGUGUUCCUUUUUCUUAUCCUUUUAGAGCUCUCCUCUGGAAAAAAGGAAAAAAAUCUGUUUUGUGCCUCUCCUUUUUUUUGGUAUGUAAAUGUGUAAUUAUACUGGAUUUUCUCUUGUAAAAAAAAAAACAAAACACUACAUUUCCUUUACUUAAGCUCCUAAACUGCCAUUUGCCUGUUCCAGAAAUUAAUUCUGAGGUAACUUAUUGGGCCUCCAACAGUUCUAUUGAUUAGAUAUGGUCCCAAAAGAAAGAGCAAAAUGGAAAAUGCUGUACAUGUUACCAACCAUAAUUGCUACAAGUAACAUGAAUUACAGCUCACCGAAACACUGAACUUUGCUCUUGAGCAAUUACAUAGUUUGAUGUCCUUUUAAAAAAUAAUUUAAGAAAAAUCUACGUUUUAUCAUACUGAAACUUUAUUUUAUAUAUGUAUAUGAUAAAUGUUUGCAGUUUUAAACUUACUAACAUGAAGGAUUUCCUUUAAUAUUUGAAAUGCACCUCUUGUUGAAAUAGUAUCUAACAUAAACUUAUCUCCUUGCUUUUUUUUUGGACUUAGUGCUAUUUAAUAUCUGAUGACUUUUAUAUGGUAAGCCAGGGUAUAUCCAAAUACUACAGAUACCUUAGGUUUAAAUGUUUUUAUGCAGCUUCUUCAUUGUGUCACGUUUUGUUGGUUUAUCUAUAACAGAGCUCUGCUGAGAUUUCGUAAUCUUUUGCGGGUGGGGGUGGAAAACUAACAGGAUUGUUCUGCCAUUUCAUAAAUCAGGGUAGAAAACAAUAGCGAACCAUAGCUCUGGAGUCUUUGUCCAUGAAUGUUCUUUAAGGGUCUAAAAAGUGGCUUUAGUUUUCCAGUGCCAAGGAGCUCUCCUUACACCCCCAAUGUCACUGCUGACCUAGUUUAUAUAUUGUAAAGCUGCAGGUUCUGGGAGCAGAAAAAAAGUAAGUUGUGCUUUGUGUGUGCAUACUGUGUGUGCUUGCCUGUGCUUCAUCAACGAAAUAUUCCAAAAGACAUAUUGCUCACUCAUAGUCUGAGGGUGGUAUUUAUUAACUUUUAAAUCUAUAUGUGGUCAGAGCAUAAAAGGUUGGUUUUUAUUCUUGUCCAAAAAUGAAAUAAAGCAGCAUGGGAUAAUGGUAUUUUUUUUUUAACCUCAUGUUAAUUCUUUGGAGGAAGGAGUGAGUGUAAGAUUUUUGAUCAGCAGUGUAAAGCUUCAGAAAUUGGAUCAGUAACAACUAAAGAUAAAAUCCUGGGGAAAAUUCCAGGCACUGUGCAGUGGAGGGAGGGGCUGGACCUCGGCCAGGUCUGAGAAAUCAGGAGAGCUGCGGGGAGCUGGCCCCGGAGGCGGAAUGGUGGGCCCUUCUUCCUGGAAGGCUGAAGCAGCCGGAGGACGUGACUGACUUCUUAAGUGUCUAAUCAGGACUAGAGUUAAGGGUGAGGUGGGGUUUACUUUCAUUUUUGUUUUAACAAGUUCCCACUCUGUCUUAAUUUUCAAAAAUGGUCUGGCCUAAAUUAUAGACUAGGCUGACUUCUAGAAUCAUUGAAACUUGGAGAUUUCUGUGUAUUCAAGUCAGCAACAUAUCUAAAAACUGAAAAAAAAAUGAUGGGGCAGGUAAGACUGCUCCCAGCUCCCUUCUGCCAUUUCCAAAUAUUUGGAAAUAUGCCUGUAAAUAGUGUUAUGAAACUGAGAUAAUCACGCAGGACUCAGACAGGGCAGGCUGUGGGACAGGUUUGUUUCCUGGUUCAUGAAGUAGUUUCCUUUUGGAGGAGUUUGUCCUAUGGUGUGUGUUCCGAUCAGGAUCAAACCUAGAUCUGCAGUUUGGAAACGGUCGGCCAGGUAUACAGAAUGGAAUCUCUGGACUACCCGGCAUUUGUUCCUGUCUUUCAUUUUUAAAUAUAAAGCUCUUCCUUUAGCAUUUACCAUAAGGUCAAGGUGCUGCCACUUGCCAUGUCCCCACGGGAUAAGAAGACAGGUUACCAUGGAGUCCUUGGGAAGCUUCUGUUGGACGUCCCUGUACGUGAGGUAUGGACACGGGGAAGUUGCUUUACGGGCGGUGCACGUUAGACUUGAACUAUUUCUUAGGAGGCUGAUGCAUCCAGCCCCUCCCAAGUUGCUACAAACAUGAAGUGAUCAUUUGGGACAAUUUCCUUUGGCCCACGGCCACGUAGAAUUGGUCUCUGGUUAUUUGUAAACAGUAGAAUUUGCUUCCAUUUUCAGAUAGGCUGGGGAAUAGCUCUGUCAUGUAUUAACAAAUAUUGAAAAGUUGGAAAUUUGUAUAUACUGAAAUCUACCAACUUUUAUCUGGGGUGGGACACAGGGAGAAAAGGGGGUAACAGGGGGAUGAUAAUGUUUACCACUCGUACGAAGUAGUCACUUUAACACUGAGACCUCUGCCUCAUUGAAUUCAGGUUUUUUAAGUACUUGAAAUUAUUCAGAUUCUCCUUAACAGUUAUUUUAAAAUUUAUGAAGUAGAAAGCAUUGUUUUAUAUACUGUUUUGAAAAUAAAUAGCCUAGUCUCUUAUCCUCUUUAACUCGGAUUAAAGGUGAGGUUCUGCAAAUGGGAGAGCUUAUUCACAGUAAAAAUCUCAGACUUAUAAUGUACACACUUGAGGAAGAGACGCCUGCAUGAGAUACCAGCAGCCUUUUUAAGAAUAUUUCCUAUGUACUUUAUUUUGUCAUUUUGUCAACCCAACCAAGCACCCCUUCUUUCCUUUUAAUAUAUGCCUGUGUAGGGAAAAAAACAAAUUUGCACUUACGUUACAUUCCUGAAAUGCCAGGUGUAACCUGUGUGUUUCAAAAACCAUUUCCGUUCUUUUUUCGUCAGUCCAUUGCUUAAGUGAUAAGGUCAGGUGCUUGUGGCACAAAUAUGUAAGGGGGAGGAGAGAAUUACCUAUCCUUGGGUAGCCUCUAAGAGUCAUUAACGUGUAAGGAAAAGGGAAAAGAUGAAUAGUUGCCAAAGUCAUUUAUUCAGCCCUGUUUUCUUAUGUGACAUUGCUGUAUUUGCAUAUUGGCAAGAAAGCACCUUCAAGUCGCAGGACUCCCCUUCCCUACCAGCCACAGACUUCCGAUAGGUGUCAAUGGCUCUCAAUACCCAUAAAAUUACCUGGAUGAGGUAUUUAUAAGGUAUUCUUGUCAGUUUAGAAGUGGACUGGAUAAAAUUUACUUUGUUGUCAUUUAUAUUGCUCUUUCUUUCAUUUGUGCUGUUACAUACCCUAUGUUAAAAAAAGAAAGUCAUAUUGCCACUGACAACCAAGACGCUGAACGAUGAUUACAACUGGCUGAUAAGAUUCUUUUUAUAUACAAGGGUGUGUGCAUAAUUGGAAUUGUUAUGAGAAGUUCAUUUGUAUCCACUUGUAAUAUUGCACAACAGAUACCUACAGAUUCUGUUUUCAUUUCCUUGUGAUCUUUUAUGAUAAUGACCUUUGUAGAUUGGUUAUUUCUGUACUUUGUUUAUCUGUAAUAAACUUUGUAGAGCCUGUGAAAUGUUAUUUUGCCUAAAUCACUUGAGACUUGAGUCUUUAAUAACAAAGCAUCAAUAUUCACUAAAGUCAAUCUCUUGAGUUUCUGUGACUUCGUUAGAAGCGUGACACUAAGGGGUUAGUGUUAAUUUUCCCUGGGAGUGUUCCACUAGGGCAUUACUGUAUAUUGACUUCAUGUUGCCACACACACUUCAAGAUACAUGAUAUUUUGGGGAUUUUGUUGAUUGGCCUAUGUUUUAUUGCAGUGUGAAAUGUGCAAAGCUUGGUUAACCUGUACAUAGGUAGCUUAUUGUUGACUAGUUAUAGUGUAUUUAGGAUUGCCUGUAACAUUUGAGCUGCUUACUACUGUUGUGCUGGUAGGGACAUAUAAUUUUUGUAUAUUAUAUUUACUGAGAUGUUACCUUUUUUGUUUUACAAAUACUUUGGAAUUCAAAUGUGUUUUUUGCUUUUGUGAGAAUUAAUUUGGAAAGGUUUUUAAUGACAUUCCACUGAUUUCAGAUUUUGCUUGAGAUUGACUUCAAUAAAUUGUCCUGUAUGUUCCAAAUUAAAUAUGUUGACUUGUUCAUUGCCUAUAAUUUGUUGCUACAAUUGUCUGGGCCAGAGGCCAUCCUGGGAGGGAGGGGACCUAGCUGCUGGGCUGAAUGACCCAAUAAUACGUCCACCCCUCAGCC